AACAAAUUUUGUAAUAGAAGAGGAAGUGUAAGCAGUUUGUUAGCUUCCUGUCACUUGUUCUCUGUCAGAAGGUGAACUGCUGCAACAUCAAUUUAAUAUUCACAACAGGACAGAGGGAAAAGACGCAAAUAUAUUUCACGCAAAAUGGCUGAUUCCCUGGUUGUGUGUGAGGUAGAGGACAGUCUUUUGGAAAAGUUGAAACGGUUCAGAUUCCGUAAAGAGACCAGCAACGCUGCCAUCCUGAUGAAAAUUGAUAAAGAGAAGCAGUUAGUGAUCCUAGAGGAAGAGUAUGAAGAUAUCUCUCUGGAUGAUCUGAAGAAUGAACUUCCGGAGAGACAACCAAGAUUCAUUGUGUACAGCUAUAAGUACACUCAUGCAGAUGGCAGAAUUUCCUACCCUCUGUGCUUUAUCUUCUCAAGUCCUGUGGGUUGUAAGCCAGAGCAGCAGAUGAUGUAUGCAGGCAGCAAAAAUAGACUGGUCCAGGCUGCAGAGCUCACAAAGGUGUUUGAGACCCGAAAUGCAGAUGACCUUUCAGAGGAAUGGCUUCGAGAGAAAUUGUCUUUUUUCCGUUAGUGUAAAUGUUUAAAACCCUUACAGUUAAAACUGGGUAUUGAA